CACCCGCAUGGUGGACGGAAGUACGUCACGUCAGUUUUGUUUAUGUUGUUCAGAAAGUAAACCUAGCUUUUUCUAUGCAUUCGUUAAGAGUUUUGUGCUGUACACCACUUUUGCUAUUUUCUUCUAUAAACGAAAUAGAUGUUUGUCAGCAGAAUCGAUCCUAAACGCUACUCUCCUCGUGGAUAUUGUGCUAGUUAGCCCUUAGCGCUAACUGGUUGCCUGUGCUACUUGAGAAGCAUGAAGAGUGUGAAUGGAAAUGCUAGCAUCAUGGACAUGUUUGAAAAGGGAAAAGUCCUGAAAAUAUGCGCCCCAAUGGUUCGAUAUUCGAAACUUGCUUUUAGGACCUUGGUGAGGAAAUAUGACUGCGACAUCUGCUUCACUCCAAUGAUAGUUGCUGCAGACUUCUUGAGAUCUACCAAAGCUAGAGACAGUGAAUUCACAACCAAUGAGCGUGACCGGCCCUUGAUAGUGCAGUUUGCUGCCCAUGAUGCACAGUCUCUGGCUGAUGCAGCUUGUGUGGUAGCACCUUUUUCAGAUGGAGUUGACCUCAACUGUGGCUGUCCCCAGAGGUGGGCAAUGUCAGCUGGGUAUGGUGCGUGUCUCAUUAACAAGCCUGAACUUGUGAAAGACAUGGUCAGACAUGUCAGAAACCAGGUGGACAAUCCAAACUAUACAGCAUCCAUCAAAAUAAGAAUUCACAAGGAUUUGAGAAAGACUGUGGAUCUAUGCCAGAAGGCUGAAGCAGCUGGUGUGUCGUGGAUAACGGUCCAUGGCCGUACAGCAGAUGAGCGUCACCAGCCAGUCCAUUAUGAUGCCAUAAAGACUAUAAAAGAUAGCCUUUCUGUACCUGUCAUUGCAAAUGGAGACAUAAAGUACCUCCGUGAUGUGGAGUCCACCUACCAGCUUACUGGUGUUGACGGUGCACCCACGACGAUGACACUGCAGUGGACUGCUGUGGCCCUCUUUCUCUAUGUGGAGAUCGGCGUUCUUGUCAUCUUCUGUAUACCCUUCAUAUCUGCCAGAAGAUGGCAGAGUAUUUUCCGGCUGAGGGUUUGGAGCUUCAUGGCAAGAUUCUGGAACAAAGUGUUUCUCACCAUGAUCAUUGUACUUAUCGUCCUGUUCCUUGAUGCUGUCCGUGAAGUGAGGAAGUAUUCGAGUAAAGACGCCGGCACGAAUGCAAAGCUGCAACCAAACAUGUAUGACCACCUGCACAUGAAGCUUUUCAGAGCUCAGAGGAACCUCUACAUCUCUGGUUUUGCUGUCUUUCUCUGGCUGGUUAUGAAGCGAGUGGUCACCUUGAUUAACCAGCUGGCAACUGCGUCUGGGACGACAGCUGCUCUUCAGACUCAGGCUGACAAUGCUAACCAGACUGCCAAGAAAUACAUGGAGGACAAUGAGCUGCUGAAACAGACUUUGAUGGAAGGAAAGGGUGAUAAGGCUACUGCAGCAGGCAUGGAGCUGUUGCAAAAGGAGCUGGAGAAGCUGAGACAAGAACAGAGGACUACAGAGGAAGCCUUGAAGAAGUCCCAGUCUGAGGCAGAAGUGAUGAAGAAGCAGACCGAUGGCCUUGCCAGGGAAUACGACAGACUGUUGAAAGAACACCAGGAGCUCCAGAAUAAUCAAGAUAUUGAAAACAAAAAGGACGACUAGCUUUUUGUAAGACAUUUAAAAGUUGGAUUGCUUACACAGCAGAGUUCCGUCUCGGGAGAACCACUGCAACACACACUUUUCCCUUCAUAUUCCUCCUUGUGUCACAAUGCAUACCGGAGAAGCAGGAUUGGCUCCUUGGAAGGACAGGCGUUUGGCUGAUAUCUGUAAUGGCUUUAAAGCAUGGGGGAGACUUUCUAUCAAAGCACCAGGCUUCCUGAAAUAGAAUGGGUAUUCGAGGGCUUCUUGUUUCUGCCUGGCACAGAAUUUUCAAGUUUACACUUAAAUCACAAAUUUAAAUUGAGUAGUCUAACUGGGAAAGAAUUGACUCAGGUCUGAUCACAGAGCAUUUAAGGCCAUGUUCAAGGCAUUUGUAACUAAACUGGGUGUAGUUAAAUGGUUUGUGUCAUUUGUUUAAGCACAGUACACUGUUAUGUGCAUUUUCCUCUUUCUGUUCUCAGUUAUUGUUUUGAUACUCAAUAUUUGCUCCUUUUAUUUCUGUAUCCGACAGAAAUAGUUUGCUGCUUCCACUGAGUUCUUGCCGCAAAAUGCAAAGUUAGUCUGUCCACAUACAGUUUGAAUACAUGAUUGCACUUAAACAAAUCACCUUGACAUGGGCAGUGUUCUUUUUGGUAAAGGAAAUGCUUUUGGUGGAUGGUAAUAGUCGGAUAGCAUAUUAUUUUCCUCCUUAAUUUUAAUAUGCAAGUCUGUGGUUAUAGUUUUACAGCGUAUCAUUGUCUAUAGUGACCAAAUUUGAAUUGAUAUUAUUAUUAUUAUUAUUAUUGUUGUUGUAUAUAUGCGGCACUGCAUGUUUCAAGUGUUUUUUUAGGAUAGUUCACCAGUUGCACUCUUUUUUUAAAUCAGGAACAUGGCUGUAUGGUUUUCCCCGUCGCUGUUAAAGACGGUUCAUAACUAAGAUGUUCAACAAACACAGAAGUCUUUUAUGUUAAAGACAUAAAUCAAAAUGAAGUGCCUUGUUUAAUAAAGAUCUCUUCCUUUGUCCUCA